AUGGCGCACCAGCAGCCGACCCUCUCCGCGACCUACACGUCGACUACGAAUGAGGACUUCGACGUCCGCCUCCCGGUCACGGCACCCGCCGACAGCACGACGGUCGAGUCCAAAGCGAAAUAUCUCUCUGAGCUCCGCCAAUCUGUGACGUCCCUUCAGGACCGUAUCAACAAGGAGCUCACUGCGCGCAUGGAGGAAGACAAGGCGCGGGAGGCGAGCAGUGCGGUCGGCAACGGAACCAAGGUCGUCGACGACGAGAAGGAGGAGGAGAAUUACGGAGAAGAAGUGCAGGAGGAGGAAUAA